AUGCCGCCGCAGUCGGACGAGGACAACAAGCCAUCCGACGAUGAGCUGGUAGUCCAGACUUCGGUAUCUGGCAGUGCCACAUCGCAAACACCUCCCCCUCGAGACAGUAAAGGACGGCUGCAAGUGGCCUAUGACAAGGUUACAUUUACUCCUCCUCGAUGCCGCUAUGAUCCUGCGAGGCCCUUCCAGUUCUCCAUGGGCUUGAAUGUCCUGUUCGCCUUUGCAGGAUGCUUCACCGUCGCCAACUUGUACUAUACCCAUCCCAUAUUGCACCUUUUGUCUGAAGACUUCAAUGUCACCGGGGAGCAGGCGUCUUACAUCCCAACCCUGGCCCAGGCAGGCUACGCUUCAGGAUUGUUAUUUCUAUGUCCUUUGGGAGACUUGGUAAAAAGGAGAGGAUAUACUCUAUGGUUGGUCUGGUUCACUGCAACAGCAUGGGUGGGCCUAUGCCUGACCAAGUCAUACGCCCUGUUCUGCGUCCUGACCUUCAUUACCGGCGUCACCACCGUUACCCCACAGCUAAUGCUCCCUCUCGUCGGUGACAUGGCUCCAGCCCACCGCCGAGCUACUUCCUUGUCCAUCGUUGUUUCUGGAAUGCUACUCGGCAUGCUCACUGCUCGUCUCCUCGCAGGUAUCGUAGCCCAAUAUAUCGGCUGGCGGUAUAUUUAUUGGAUCUCUUUUGCUCUUCAAUAUCUCAUCUUGAUCCUGUUAUACCUUUUCAUGCCCGACUAUCCCGCCACAAAUCCUGGUGUCAACAUUUGGCGGAGAUAUCCAUCUCUGCUCCUCGACAUUUUGAAAAUAUCCUUCAAGAAUCCCGUCGUCAUUCAGGCGUGUUUGAUUGGUCUAUUCACCGCUACGUCGUUUACUUGCUUUUGGACAACUUUGACUUUCCUCCUCUCCGGCCCACCUUACAAUUAUGAAACCAUCUACAUUGGUCUCUUUGCCCUCUCUGGAAUCGGCAGUAUGGUCUGGGCUCCCGUGUUUGCCCGUACUGUCAUGGAGAAAAGGCAACCGUUGUUCUCAGUCAUCAUUGGCGAGACCAUCUGUCUCGUCGGGGUCAUCGUCGGCACUUAUUCUGGAAAGCAUACCGUGGUUGGGCCCAUUCUCCAAGCCAUUUGCACUGAUAUUGGCCUCCAAACAAGUCAGAUUGCGAACAGGACAUCAAUCUAUGAGGUCGCGCCCAAGGCCAAGAACCGAGUCAACACAGCCUACAUGGUCAGUGUCUUUAGCGGCCAGUUGGUCGGGACAGCAGUUGGAAAUGCCCUGUACGCCCGCUCUGGAUGGUACGCAUCUGGAUCAGCUAGCGUCGCCUUUGUCGCCUUUGCCCUUUUUGUGGCGCUCAUUCGUGGGCCCCAUGAGAAAGGCUGGGUGGGAUGGCAUGGUGGAAUGAAAUGGCGCAAACCAAUUCCCGGAGGCGCCCAGGAUCUAGAAAAGAGAGCAAUCCAUGUUCUGUCCGAUGACACUCCUGCAUCACAGGUUACAGUCUCACCGUCAUCUGACCAUGAUGAUUCCGACUGGUCCAAAGAUGCUACCCACCAUGGUCAACGGCCCUCUACCAAGCAACCUUCAAACCACCGUUAG